AGGACGGAAUUUCCCAGCGCGGGGGCUCAGGCUGCCCCGCAAGCCGGCGGGCUCUUUCUGUUUACCGAGAGAAAGGGGAAAUGGAAAAGGCGGGGAGGCGGCGGCUGGAAUCCGCUGCGCCUCCCCUCGGCCGGCUCAGUCUCGGUGAGUCAGGGGCCGACGAGGGCUGCCCGGGUGAGCGGACGGCCCGGGGCUCACUCGGCCGCUCGGGCCUGGACAACGCGCCACGCUCCGGGGCCGGUCGCCCUGGCUCCGGCUUCUGCCGCCGCGGGACCUCGGGACUCCGACGCGCCCGGCUCCCGGGGGCGGCCUGUCAGCUCUGCAGCGAGUCGUCGGGGAACGGCGGCUGGAGCGUUCGGCCCACGAGGUCGCGCGGAGGCCACAGACUCUCUGGGGAGCUGGCCAGGGAUGGAGUACAUGAGCACUGGAAGUGACAACAAAGAAGAAAUCGACUUAUUGAUGAAACAUCUGAACGUGUCCGAUGUAAUAGACAUUAUGGAAAACUUAUAUUCCAGUGAAGAGCCGGCGGUGUACAAACCCAGUCUGAUGACCAUGUGUCAGGACAGUAAUGACAAUGAGGAACGGGCCGAGUCUCUGCUUCUCAGUGGCCAGGAAGGGCCAUGGUUGUCGUCGGUCAGAUAUGGAACCGUGGAGGACUUGCUUGCUUUUGCCAACCACAUAUCCAAUGCCGCAAAGCGUCUAUAUGGACACCGACCCCAGGAAUCUGGGAUCUUAUUAAAUAUGGUAAUCACUCCCCAGAACGGGCGCUAUCAGAUAGACUCUGAUGUUCUCCUCGUCCCCUGGAAGCUGACUUACAGGAAUAUCGGCUCCGACUUCAUUCCUCGGGGGGCAUUUGGAAAAGUGUACUUAGCACAAGAUAUCAAGACUAAGAAAAGAAUGGCGUGUAAAUUGAUCCCAGUAGACCAAUUUAAGCCAUCCGACGUGGAAAUCCAGGCUUGCUUCCGGCACGAGAACAUCGCUGAGUUAUAUGGCGCAGUUCUCUGGGGCGAAACUGUCCAUCUCUUCAUGGAAGCGGGCGAGGGAGGGUCCGUUCUGGAGAAACUAGAGAGCUGUGGACCCAUGAGAGAAUUUGAGAUUAUUUGGGUGACAAAGCACGUUCUCAAGGGACUUGAUUUUCUACACUCGAAGAAAGUGAUUCAUCAUGAUAUUAAACCUAGCAACAUUGUUUUCAUGUCCACAAAAGCUGUCUUGGUGGAUUUUGGUCUAAGUGUCCAAAUGACCGAAGAGAUUUAUUUUCCGAAGGACCUCCGAGGUACAGAGAUUUACAUGAGCCCGGAGGUGAUCCUGUGCAGGGGCCAUUCGACCAAAGCCGACAUCUACAGCCUGGGGGCCACGCUCAUCCACAUGCAGACGGGCACCCCGCCCUGGGUGAAGCGCUACCCCCGUUCCGCCUACCCCUCCUACCUAUACAUAAUCCACAAGCAAGCGCCUCCUUUAGAAGAUAUAGCUGAAGAUUGCAGUCCAGGCAUGAGGGAGCUGAUAGGGGCCGCCCUGGAGAGGAACCCCAACCACCGGCCCCGGGCAGCAGACCUACUGAAACAUGAAGCCUUGAACCCGCCCAGGGAGGACCAGCCCCGCUGUCAGAGUCUGGACUCUGCCCUCUUUGAGCGGAAGCGGCUGCUGAGCCGGAAGGAGUUGGAACUUCCCGAGAACAUCUCGGAUACUUCGUGCACAGGAAGCACUGAGGAAUCGGAGAUGCUGAAGAGACAGCGUUCUCUCUACAUAGACCUGGGGGCCCUGGCUGGCUAUUUCAACCUUGUCCGGGGCCCACCGACACUGGAAUAUGGCUGAUGGAUGGAGUUGUGGGCCCUAAAGUAUGACUCAGCAUUUACUGAACUCUGGGAAGCCGGCUCUGCUGAGUCUGAACUGGGGUGCUGUCCAGUGGAUUGUGCAUUUCUUGGCUGGGCUCCCAUGACGCAUGAAUGUGACUCCUCACUGUUCCUGUGUGUUUGAUUUGUGAAGCUGCCCCGGGACCCACAGGGCGGAAAAGUUCUCAUUUCUCAGGGGGUACAUCCAACUCAAAGGAAGUCGAGAGUUCAUGGAAGGAUCAAGAACUUCUGGGGACCAGUUCCAUUCACUGUGCACUUUGUUCAAAAUUCUAAAAAAAAAAAUGCCCAUCACGGGGAUCCUGUAUUAGCCUAAAGUGACUAUUCCUGGUUCUCAUUGAAGAAUGGGAACUUCACUGAACUCAGAAUAGUCUUGUGUAUAUUGGUGUACAUCGUACUACGUCUUUGAGCCUUUGUCAGUAAAUUCCAAUUGAAAUGAAAGUCUUUAUAUUCAGAACAACUUGAAUAUUGUAGCAAUAAGCUGAACUAGUGUCUUAAAAAAUGGCAACUGACUUCUUGGGUGCCAUCCAACAACAGACCACUAGUGACAGGUUCUAUUAUGUUCCUAUGGAAACAUUGUGUACUGUACACGCUAUGCUUCAAACAUUUAAAACGUGACGUUUUGAAUGUAGAUAAAACUGUGUUAAACCACAUAAUUUCUGUACAUCCCAAAGGAUGAGAAUGUGACCUUUACGAGAAAUGGAAACCUUUAUAACUUCUUCAUGAUGCUCCUCUGAGAAUUCUUACGACUCUGUUCUCUCUCCAGCAUUUGUAUAUUAAAAGGGCAUACUGUGUAUGUUUUAUAUCAAA